AUGACCAUUAAGUCUCAGGAGCCAAGCUCGCACACCCCUAAUCCGUUCCAAGGGUUGAUAGCGGCCUGUGACAACGACCCAAAAAGGCUACAACGAGCCUACGACGAGCACCGAACCACCCGAAAUUCUCGGUUUAGGGAUCAGAUUCUAGACCCUGGCUUCCGGGGAUGGCAGUUUGACGAAACCCUGCAUCGCGUCCUCGGGGCCGAACAGGGUCUCUCUCAGUAUGUUGACCAAAGGCAUAAUCUUGCCUUCUGGGCGCGACCGCCGCGGCAUAUCCGGGAAUUGGCCCAGAUGAUUCAGCAGGAGAUUGCGCCUCUGGCCGAGCAGUGUCUCUGGCUCACGCCUUUAGAAAACCUUCACAUGACUACGCUCGAGAUGAUGUCGGCGCGCACAGAGUCAGAAGUCAAUACGGUUGUUUCUUUCCUCCAGCAGAAGUCUGUGUGCCAAGACACUGUAGAUUAUACUGUUGCCCACCGCGCCCGGCUCGUCCGUCCAAUUGUCAGCUAUGAUGCUUCUGCCCUAGCUCUGAGUUUUGUACCUGCUGCUGGAGGUCCAACCAGCGGCAUGAAUAGUCUGAAGGACGUCUACUCCUACCAUCAUCUACGACGUGAUCUCUAUGAUAUGAUGACACAAGCUGGCUGUGAAAUCGGGGCCCGGUAUACAGUCCCAUCGGCACACGUGACUAUUGCUCGAUUCAUCCGUCCUGUUGGAGGUAGUCCGGAUGGUGCGAAGGAAUCGGACUAUUUAUGUGAAAGGGCGACCAAUUUGGUGGCCAAAGUUGAGGAGAUCAACCAAAUAUUGAGCUCAGAUGACUGGCAACGGUUUGGGAGCCCUGUGGAUGGAGAAUGGGUAGUGGGUCAGGAAAAGGGUCUUGAAUUAAUAAAGGGCCGAUCGUGGGUGCACUCCCUUGAAGUCCUGGUCAAUCGAAAAUUGUUGCGACGUCACGACGGUAUGGUCAACAUCCCCAAAACCCGCCGGACCUACUGCAAGGGCCGGGAGUGCCACAAGCACACCCAGCACAAGGUCACCCAGUACAAGGCUGGCAAGGCCUCCCUUUUCGCCCAGGGUAAGCGCCGUUACGACCGGAAGCAGAGCGGUUACGGUGGUCAGACCAAGCCUGUCUUCCACAAGAAGGCCAAGACCACCAAGAAGGUUGUCCUCCGUCUCGAGUGCACUGCCUGCAAGGCCAAGAAGCAGCUCGCCCUGAAGCGCUGCAAGCACUUCGAGCUUGGUGGUGACAAGAAGACCAAGGGUGCUGCUCUGGUUUUCUAA